AACUCGCGCCUUUCUCUCACACACGCAAUAAAUUCUUAAUAACAGAAAACUGUCAAAUUAUCAACUCGUAUAAGUGUUUUAUAUUUAAGUUUAAUAAUAUUUAUCAAGAAGUUUUAGUGAAAUCUAAAAAGGACUUUAGUGAAGUGAAAUGCUCGCAAGUUUUUCUUUAGCGCUAAACUGUACUUUGUUUCGGAAAUGGUGAUAUCGACCCACGGGGAGUGUUUAUGAGACGUUCUACAGUGGAAUGAAAUAUCUGUGAUAAUGUUUGCUAUAACGGCUGUGUUCUGUGCGCUCGUGCACGUCGGGUGGACAGUGCCCUACGGCUCCGACAAGUGCAUGCGAGAUACCGAUAGGGACUCUGAAAGUAACGUUAUCUGUAAAAUUCGCACUUUAGAUGGAGACGGAAGCAGUAUAUCAUCAGUACACUCAGAGACGAGUCGUCUAUCUAUCGAAUGCAAUCAUCUUUUGUUAUUCGAAAGUUCACUUCGGGCGCAUUAUUUUAGCCCUGUUGUGAGUCUCACCGAUCUUUCUAUAAGUAACUGCAAACUACUUAGUGUUCCGGAUAAUACUUUUCAAGAUCUGAAUAAAUUAAGGCGACUAAAACUUCGCUCAAAGAACUCUGAGUGGAGUCCUAUCAAGAACUUGGAAUUAACUUUGAAGUCUUUCAAUGGAUUAUCGGAACUGCAGUCGUUAGAUCUCGCUCAAAAUAACAUCAAGUUUGUUCCUUCCGGAGUAUUUUGCUCUCUGGAAAACUUAAAUACAUUAAAUUUAACGCGUAAUAGAAUAAGAACCGUCGGACAGAUUGGUUUUGGCUCUGGAUGUGGUUCCGGUCUUCAUACGCUUGAUUUAAGUUAUAAUGAAAUCAAGACAUUAUCUGAAGAUUCUGAAUUGUUAAAAUUGAGAAGUUUGCAACAAUUAUAUUUGCAACACAAUAAUAUUACUGACAUAUCAAGUGAAGCUUUUAACGGACUUGUUUCAUUAAGAGUUCUAAACAUAUCACACAACCGUUUACAUACAUUACCAGAAGGCAUAUUUGCUUAUUCAAGAGAAUUAAGGGAAGUUUAUCUUAACGAUAAUUCCCUAUUUGAACUCGCCAGAGGAAUUUUUCAUCGACUGGAACAGUUGAUUGUUUUGGAUUUAUCGAGUAAUCAACUCGCGAGUAACCAUGUCGAUCACGGGACUUUCCUUGGAUUAAUAAGAUUAAUUGUCUUAAAUUUAUCGAAUAAUGCAUUGACAAGAAUAGAUGGGAAGACUUUUAAAGAUUUAUUUGUUUUACAAAUAUUAAACUUGAAGAAUAACUCGAUUGGUUAUAUAGAAGAGAAUGCUUUCUUGCCGUUAUAUAAUCUUCACACGCUCAACUUAGCUGAAAACCGACUUCAUACAAUAGAUGAAAAUUUAUUUAAUGGAUUAUUUGUACUUAGCAAAUUAACACUUAACAAUAAUUUGCUUGUUAAUAUAGAUAGAAAAGCAUUUAAAAAUUGCUCUGAUCUUAAGGAAUUGGAUUUAAGUUCUAAUCAACUGUUAGAAGUUCCUGAUGCACUAUGGGAGCUACCGUUCUUGAAAACUCUUGAUUUAGGAGAAAAUCAAAUAUCAGAUUUUAGAAACGGUUCUUUUAAAAACCUUAAUCAAUUAACAGGGUUGAGAUUAAUUGACAAUCAAAUCGGAAAUUUAAGUGUUGGAAUGUUUUGGGAUCUUCCCAACUUACAAGUUUUAAAUAUAGCCAAGAAUAAGAUACAAUCUAUAGAAAGAGGAACCUUCAGUCGAAAUUCGCAGCUGGAGGCAAUAAGAUUGGAUGGAAAUUUCUUGUCGGAUAUCAACGGUGUAUUUUCAACGCUAUCAAGUCUUUUGUGGCUCAAUCUAUCAGAAAAUCAUCUAGUGUGGUUUGAUUACGCGUUUGUGCCUAGUAAUUUAAAGUGGUUGGACGUGCACGGUAACUUUAUUGAACACUUAGGUAACUAUUACAAGUUACAGGACGAAAUUCGUAUAAAAACAUUGGAUGUUAGCCAUAAUAGAAUAGUGGAAAUAUCAUCUAUGGCCAUACCUAAUAGUGUAGAACUGUUGUUUAUAAAUAAUAACUUUUUAAAUAAUAUUCAUGUGAAUACGUUCUUCGAUAAAAAGAAUCUGACGCGAGUGGACAUGUAUGCAAAUGAACUUGUACAUUUAGAACUAAAUAGUUUACGUUUAUCAACUGUGCCAGUAAACAAAACUUUACCUGAGUUUUAUAUCGGUGGUAAUCCAUUUCAGUGCGACUGUACCAUGGAAUGGUUACCUAUUAUAAACAAUAUGACUGCUAUGAGGCAGUACCCGCGUGUGAUGGACUUAGAAAAUGUUUUGUGUAAAAUGACAAAUACUCGUAGUGGAACUCAUGUGCCCUUAACUAAUCUUAAAACAUCGGACUUUUUGUGUGAGUAUGAGACUCAUUGUUUUGCUAUCUGUCAUUGUUGCGAUUACGACGCGUGUGACUGUGAAAUGACUUGUCCACAAAAUUGUACCUGCUACCACGACCCGUUAUGGAACACUAACGUUGUUGAUUGUUCCGGGCAAUCUUCCGUGGAAAUACCACACAAGAUACCCAUGGACGCAACCGAAGUAUUUUUAGACGGAAACAAUAUAAGAGAGUUGCAAGACCACGUUUUCAUCGGACGACAAAAGAUGCGGUCUCUCUAUGUGAAUAAUAGCAAUGUAGAUAGUAUACAAAAUAGAACAUUUGCAGGCCUAAAUGCUUUACAAAUACUACAUUUGGGUAACAAUAAACUAAAAGAAUUAAAAGGAUUCGAAUUUCAACAACUAAGUAGUUUAAAAGAAUUAUUUUUACAAAAUAACUUAAUAAGCCAUAUCGCAAACAUAUCAUUUUUAUCGCUUAAAUCGUUAGAAAUAUUACGUCUAGAUGGAAAUAGACUAGUCGAUUUCGGUGUUUGGAGUUUCAACCAUAAUCCAAAUUUAAAAGCUGUGUCCCUCGGCAACAAUUUAUGGUCAUGCAAAUGUCGUUAUCUACAAGAGUUAACCUCGUAUUUGGCUGAGAAUGCACAAAAAAUUAUUGACAUAACUGACGUAUGGUGUUGGAAUGGGGAUGCGAAGCCGCCACAGAAAAAAGAACUUAAUUUAAAUGGAACUGCCUGCAGCGAUUAUUACGCCGAUAAUUCAGUCAUCGGAAACAUGUUGGUGUCGAACUACGUUCCCAUGAUGGUCUCGACUCUUACCGGCUUUAUGUUAAUUUUAUUAGUUUUGGUCUUACUGUUUCUUUUUAGAGACUCGUUGCGUGUAUGGCUUUAUACUAACUGUGGCAUUCGAGUAUUUUCGUUUUCUGGUGCAUUUGAGGAAAAUGAGAAACUAUAUGAUGCUUAUGUUUGCUAUAGUCCUAAAGACGAAGAAUUUGUCAUACAGUCUUUAGCUACUGAAUUAGAAAAUGGUAAUCCUUCCUACCACCUCUGUCUUCACUAUAGAGAUAUUCCACAUCACGGUGCUCAGUAUAUGCAAUGUGCUCCGCCAGUAGUUGAGGCAGCGGAAGCAUCAAAAAGAAUAGUAUUGGUGUUGACUAGAAAUUUUAUGCAAACAGAAUGGUCGCGAUAUGAAUUCCGACAAGGAUUGCAUGAAGCAUUAAAAGGAUGCAUUUAUAAAUUAGUCUUAAUAGAAGAAUGCUCGGUUGUAAGAGACGCUAUGUGCGAUCCAGAUUUGCGACCGUAUCUCAAGACCAGUUCCCGUUUGAGAUGGGGUGAAAAAAGAUUUUGGGAACGUCUGAGGUAUAUGAUGCCGGAUACGUCGCAUUCAAAUCAUAAAACGCGAUCUCACAAUUAUAGAAAGAAUAUAAACACAUAUACGUUGGAUUCUUCUGUACCUAACGGAGGAAAUCGAACGUUAAAUUAUCCGGACAAAUCACCAGUGUUAGGAAAUACUGGACAGGGAGCUAGUGCGCCUCCCGAUUAUAGUACAGAGGUACGACAGUCUCCAUCAGCUGUAAGACAAACACAAGGAGUCGCUUACGGUCCAGAUGGGAGACCUAUAUCAGAUCACAUAUAUUCAUCGAUUGAUUCUGAUUACUCCUCCUUAGAACAAGGUAUGGCGCCAGGCAGACGACGAGAAUUGCGACAGUGGCCACCUCCACCACCUCUGGUGGACACGGGCAACGCCGUGCAAGCUUACCUAGUCUAGACGGGCCGUAGUCCUCUUCCAGUCACAUUGUAUAUACUUAUGUAGAUGUUAGAUUUAGUACGCUGUAAAUAUUGUAAUUAUUAGUCUUAAGUGCUAUACCAAAAUUUAUGUAAGUGAACUUACUAUUGCCUGUUUGUUAUCCUGUGUAUAGUUUCGUAUUAAAAUUUUAAAGACUGCUGUAGCAAAUAAAUAUUGUAAAUAGCAAAAACAAGUGAUC